GUCACCCGUAUUUUGAAAAGAAGCGCGCAACCGAAAAAAAAAUGGCGCGGGGAGAACGCUACAGCAAACCAAUGCACAUUUAAAAACGUCUUUGUGACAUUUGAUUCACCAUGUCGUUACUGAAACCGUUUAGUAGGCGGCCUGCUCUGAACACCGCUACCAUAUUGCUGGUGGAAAGAGAAGAAGAUUUUCAGCAGAGAUUAGCUGAAGUUCUGGUAGAGGAGACGGCAGUGACGUUGAAUGUGAGACUAGCAAAGAGUCUUCCUCUGCCCUUCAAGAACCAACACAGUCGCCCCAGGAUAGACUUGGUGGUUUUUAUCAUCAACCUCACUUCUGAACUCAGUCUGCAAUCUGCCCAAGCUUCCCUCAAAUAUUUGGACCCGGGAUAUUUUCUUGGAAAAGUCUGCUUCAUGGCCACCAACGCACGCAAUGCCGCCGUCCCCCCAGAACGCCUGGACACCCUCAGAGGGCUGGCUGCGUCCUUACGCUGCACGCUGCUCUUUGCGGAGGAUCAGGUUCUCCGCUGUGGCAGCGGUGUUAAUAUUUGUCCCCUGCAGACGGCAGAUGGUGCGAGCAACGCCUCGGAGAGAUUGCUGACCAUCCUGAAGGUAGCGGCCGGUCUUGUUCCUAUGACGACAGCACUCUAUCUGUCCAACCUGACAAUGUGCACAGCGCCCUCAAACACUAACGAAGCGGAUUUUGAUUAGUUACCGCCAUCGGAGUGGCAAACUCUCUGACUUUUACAUGAUUAUCUUCUCUGUGGUUGUACUCUGUCAACCACAAUGACCUUUUAUUUAUUUACAGUCUUGUCCAAAUCUGGCAAUAGUCGGUACACCUUCACAAUUCCUUACAAAUAACAAGGCUUAGUCAUGGAUUUGAACUGCACUCAUCAUACUUGCGAGGCAUUUCUACUCACUGACCUUAUUGAGCUAAAAAUCAACCCAUUAAGAACACCUCAUAGUAUAUAUAUAAUACAGUGCCGUUCUCAACUCGGCUUGUUUCGUCUGUGUGUAUUUCUGUCCAAUCUGUAUCCAGGAGUCAAAUAGAACAUGUUCAAGUUCAUAUUUCCACAUAAACUGAUUUCUGGGGUGGCUUGUUGAUGGCGGUCUUUGUGCCCCACGUCACGUCUUCAUCCCGCAUUGAUGCACUUGUGCACCGCAUUGUGCACUUGCUGUUAAUAGGUUGUCAUCAUGUCAGUUAUCAGUCAUUCAUGUUCAUCUGUGGGUUUUGUAGCAUGCAGCAAGACACUGGAGGCAUACGAGGGGGGCUGGGGAAUUUGACGGGUAAUUUCAGAAUCCUUGUUCAGAAGUGUCUUUCAUUUACCAUUUAUGGCAGAAAUUUGACCAAUUAAAAGAGAAAAAAAUUGAGUGGAAGUGGGGAAUUAAAUGCCAUUUUUAAAAAACAAUUUCAAAGAGCCCAGUCAGGCUUCUGGUUACCAUUAACUGGAUUCUGAUAAAGCUAUUCCAUUCCCUCCCAUUUAAUAACAACCCAAAAUGCAGUGCCUCGUGAAUAUGCCCAAAGAUAGAACAUUAAAAGAGAAAUGUCGCGAAAGGUGAAAAUAAAAAGUUGAGAACAUAAAUUCUAAUAUCGCUACAAAGAUGAACUCAUCCCCAAAUCAUUAAAAAUAACUGACUCAAUAAAAUUACUGCAGUGUUGGUCAAGCUCCUUUUUUAAAUGUCAACAUAAAGUAUUAAAAUGCCCUUUUGCUCAAAUUAGUCUUGUCCUUUUCUCUGCUUGAUACGAAUGUAUUUAUGUGAACUGAGCGUGUGCUAGAGCUGCAUUGACUACAGUGGUACCCAUCUCUAGUCUGCCUAAACUUCUCUGGAAGAAACUUAAACAAAAGAUUUUGGGUUUGGUAGUUUGAGUCGCUGUUGUAACAAUGCUUCUUGCCAAUAUAUUUAAUACAGUUAACCAGUUUUCCUCUUGAGAUGGUGUUUCAUUUACAACCAUUUAUUGGAUGGAUUGGCUCCCAAAAUGUUUCAAACUGUCACUAGUUUGAACAAAAUGUGGUAUUUUGGAAGAUGAACUGUCUUGGCAAAAUUAACAUUAUAGAACAAUAUACUGUAUGAACACAAUUUCCUUUGACACUCUUUCAAGAGGAAGGCUAACAUGUAGUAUGCUAACAUCAAGCAUGAUUCAGGAGGACAAUUUCUUGAAGAUGAAAUUCUAGGAAAAGUGUGAAUGUGAAAAAUAUCCAGUGCGCUGUUUAGUGAUGUGUAGAAGUUGUAGCAUAUCCCAAAAAAAUGGUCAGAAAUGACAUUGGUGCCAAUGAAGUGCUUUAUUUUCCAGAUAUUUGAAUGGCAUCAGAUAUAGAACUGCAGUGCAGUGCAGUGAGUGAGGGUGGUUGUGCCACAUCUCACGUCUGCUUCCUGAGCUGAUUCACAUUCACUAUUAAUAGCUUCUCAUCAUGGCAAUUAUCCAUAAUUCAAGUUCACGUACGUGGAGCCAGACAUGGUUGGAGGCACAAGAGCGUGUAUGGAAUGUUGCUGGUAGUGUCAGCGUUGAUGCUCUUUGGAAAUGAAUCGAAAUAUGCCUGAGGUUUUACCAAGUCAUCUUGUUUCCAACAGAAGGCCCAAAAAGCCAAACUUGUACCGUUCCUUAACUUAUUAUGUCUGGAAUUGUGGCUGACAUAUUUCCACCAUUUUUGUUUUACUUUGAAAUCAUUCAACACGAAUUAGCUAACCGUGGAAAUAGCUUAAGACUAACAAUGUGUCUCAAGCUGGUUUUCCCAAAAUAGGUCAGUUGUGUUUUAUUUUUGUUAAUUAUGAUGUUAGGCUAACAUUUUGUUUUAUAUUAAACUGUCAUCAGGAUCAAUAUUUUUUUGUCUUUUUUUUUUUUUUUUUUUUUAACAGCACUUGUCGGCAACACAUUUAUUUGAGUAACCGUAUUUUUUUUGUCACGUUGUCCUGAAAGGGACUUAUCGUUUACUCUGCCUGUGUCCUUGGUAGCAUUUGUUUUGCAUGCAAGCAGUUGGACAUUAACUUUUGGAUUGAUGUCUUUCCCUUGCCUGCUUUAUUGCUUAAUUUUAAAGCUGUCGACCAGCACAGUGGUUUGCAGGAAUGAAAGGGUUGCGACUCGAGAUUAAUAGUGUAUAUAUCAAAUUAGACCAGAGUAAAGAUUUGACAAAAUGAAGGACUUAUUCCUCAUUAAAAAAUGGAUUUGAUCAGUGUGGGUAAUGACCAAACAUGACUCAUCUGUUUUGGUCAGGUGACAUUCACAACCGGAGCCAUGAUUGGUCAUUACCUGAGCGCUGAGCAACUGUGAUGGCCUUUUGCAUACGGUGGCAUUUUAAAGCCCACUGAACAAGAGAUUCAACCCUGAGCAACUAUGAUGUAAUGUUUCUGUCAACAGCAAGUCCUUCAAAAAUGUUUUUAAACAUCUUGUCUCACAGUUGUCACUGGGUGCUA